CGAUUAUUGCACUCAUACCCCCACCUCAAUUUUCGAAGAAUUAAGCUCAAAUUAUGGCUGCAAAAUUCGAUGUAAAGGAGGCGCUGGCGAAGUUGACGAUGUCCCAGAAGAUCAAGAUGCUCUGUGGCAAAGGAUGGUGGCAUACAGAACCUGUUCCAGAGGCCGGCGUUGACUCUAUGCGCAUGAGUGACGGACCUAACGGUGCCCGUGGCACUCGCUUCUUUAACGGAGUUCCCUCCAGCUGUUUCCCCUCUUCGACCGGCCUCGGCUCGUCCUUCGACAUCAGUCUUGCACAUGAAGUGGGCGAGGCACUCGGAGACGAGUGCCGUGCUAAGAGUACCCAUAUUCUGCUUGGCCCCACUGUUAACACACAGAGGUCUCCUCUCGGUGGCCGAGGCUUUGAGUCCUUCUCUGAGGACCCAGUCCUGAAUGGCACCAUUGCAGCUGCCUACAUCAACGGCUUGCAGAGCAAGGGCGUUGCGGCCACCGUCAAGCAUUUUGUGGCGAAUGACCAGGAGUUCGAGAGGUUUUCCAUCAGCAGCGACGUGAGCGAACGUGCCCUCCGCGAGAUAUACCUCAAGCCAUUCCAGAUCGCGGUCAAGGACGCUAACCCAUGGGCUUUGAUGACCUCUUACAACCGUGUAAACGGUCUGCACGUCUCAGAGAACUCUUGGUUGAUCGAUGACAUUCUCCGAAAGGAAUGGGGCUUCCAAGGGAUGAUCAUGUCCGAUUGGAUAGGCGUGUAUAGUACUGCUGAAAGUAUCAAGGCUGGCUUGGACCUCGAGAUGCCGGGACCGACGGUGAUGAGGGGAAAGGCGAUAGACAGGGCUCUGAUCGCACAGAAACUUUUCACGGAGGACAUCGACGCGAGAGUCAGAAAGAUCCUCGAACUCCUCGCUCGCGCCCACGCGUCGGGAAUCCCAUUCGAUGGACCCGAAAAGGGCGUUGAUACGCCCGCCCUUCGGUCUCUCCUCCGUCGCGCUGCGUCCUCUGCCGUCGUGCUGCUCAAGAACGACAAGAAGUUACUUCCUCUCUCCAUAUUUGGAGAGAAGAAGACGAUCAAGAAGAUAGCCAUUAUCGGACCUAAUGCCAAGACUGCAUUCGCCAGCGGUGGAGGAUCUGCUAACCUCCUCGCGAGCUGGAAAGUCAGCCCCUUACAAGGCAUCCUCAACGCCAUCGCCUCCUCCGAUCAAGGCAAGGACAUUCAAGUAGAAUACGCCGUGGGCGGACAGACGCACACACUCCUGCCAUUGUUGGAUGGGUAUAUUCAGAUGCCCGAGGAGGCGAAGAAGAGCGGUGGAGGGGACGAUAAGUAUUGGGGAGGGAAGGAGGAGGAUAAGGUUGCGUUUGUGGAGUUUUGGAACGAGGAGCCGGGGGAGGGCUGGGUUGCGGAUCCGACGGUUAAGGGGGAGGGAAGGGUGAAGAAGUCUGAUUGGGCCACGCCGACGGGGAGUAGCUAUUGUUUCUUGAUGGAUGGGAUCGAUGAGGAGAAAGUGAACGACAUUUGUUGGAUUCGGUACACGACAACCUACAUUCCUGACACCUCCGGCCCGCACACCUUCUCCCUAACCCUCGCCGGCCACGGAACCCUCUCAAUCAACGGCACCCUGCUCAUCGACCUCUCCACCGACCCGCCCCAAGGCGACUCGUUCUUCGGUCUCGGAACGGCAGACGUUAGUGCUCGGGUACCCUACCUCGAAAAAGGCGAGAAGGUUGACGUGGAGAUUAGGGUGAGUAAUGCGCUGUUUGUAGGGAAGGGAGGACCGUUCAGUACGAGGGGUGGGAUAAGGUUGGGAGGGAGUGUAGAUGUGAAGGAAGAAGUGGCGAGGGAAGAAGCUGUGAAGGUCGUGGAGGGUGCAGAUGUGGCCAUCGUGGUCGUUGGUCUCACUCAUGAACUUGAGUCGGAAGGCUUCGAUCGACCCAACAUGAAGCUUCCCGGUGCGACGAACGCCCUCGUCUCCGCCCUUCUCAAAGUGAACCCGAACACCAUCGUGAUCAAUCAGUCCGGAACACCAGUGGAGAUGCCGUGGGUCGACGAGGCGCACACCUUAUUGCAGGCGUUCUACGGAGGGAAUGAGCUGGGAAAUGGCCUUGCAGAUGUAUUGUUCGGGAAAGUGAAUCCUUCGGCGAAGUUGGCGUUGACAUUCCCCAAACGGCUAGAAGACAGCCCCUCUUACCCGUCUUACGGUGAUAAGGGUGAAGCUCACGGGAAGAUUCUCUACAACGAGGGCAUAUACGUGGGUUACCGCUCCUUCGACAAGCGCUCCCUCGACCCUCUCUUCCCCUUCGGCUACGGUCUUUCCUACACCACCUUCUCCUACUCCAAUCUCCACGUCAGCGAGCCCUCCUUCAGCGCAUCCUCCUCCUCUGGAAAGAACCUUUCUUUGACCAUCACAUUCACCGUCACCAACACUGGUUCCCUUCCCGGCUCCGAGUCGUCCCAGAUUUACGUAUCUUAUCCCUCUACAUCCGUCGUCCCGCACGCACCACAGCAGCUCAAAGGCUUCGCCAAAACCGGAAUCUUGGAACCCGGAACAAGCGAGGAGCUGAAGGUGUCGCUGGAUAGGGAUGCGUUUGCGUGGUGGGAUGAGAGGGUGAGCAGGGCGGGAAGCGGCGUGCCGGGGUUGCAUGGCGUUACGAGUCUGGGAGGAAAGGGUGGACGGUGGGUCGCUGAGAAGGGUGUUUACGAGAUUGGGGUUGGGGCGUCGAGUAGGGACGUAAGGUUGAAGGGUACUGUGGAGGUGAAGGAGGGGCCUCUGGAGUGGCUUGGGUUGUGAGCGUGUUCUGAUGUUCAAAUAAGUGAAAGGAGGAAGAUAAAGGAUACUCGUCGAGUUUGUAUCUAUGUAUUUGAAGAUGUACGUGAUAGGGAGCCGUUGGUUUUUCGCUGGUACUGAUAUGUAUAUCAAGUCUCGAGAAAUGUACCUUUCUAUGUACAGUUUUAAAUCUAUAUUUCUUCGCA